ACCGUCGAUCUAUUGGUCCACACGAAAAACGGUCGGUUGAGAUUCGUUUACUCUUCUGCAGAACCAGCGCAUUUCUCCUCCAUGUCCAUAGCUACUCCUCGGUGACACAGAGCGAGAAGAAGUGAAGUGAUUGGGUGCUCCGUAACAAUCGAAGAUGUUCCUACGCGUGAUAUCCCGGCCGUUGAUGGCGAAGGUGAAACAGACGACGGGGAUCGUCGGACUGGACGUGGUGUCGAAUGCCAGGGAGGUGCUGAUCGAUCUGUACACCAAAACCCUAAAUGAGAUCAAGGCCGUUCCCGAGGAUGAGGGAUACCGUAAGGCGGUGGAGAGCUUUACAAAGCAGCGGUUGAAGGUGUGCCAAGAGGAGGAGGACUGGGAGACGAUCGAGAAGCGCUUGGGAUGCGGCCAGGUUGAGGAGCUCAUUGAGGAAGCCCGCGACGAGCUCACUCUCAUCGGAAAAAUGAUUGAGUGGGAUCCUUGGGGUGUUCCCGAUGACUAUGAAUGUGAGGUUAUUGAGAAUGAGGCUCCAGUUCCUAAGCAUGUUCCUCUACACCGACCUGGUCCUCUGCCUGAAGAGUUUUACCAGACACUGGAAGCUGUUACCAAACAAGACACACCUAAAAUCACAUCCACUGAGUCACAGUCAAAGGAGUAGCAUGCUUCUGAUAAACAGCUGGAGGAAUUCAGGUUUUCAUAGCUGAGCUUGCUGUUUUCUUCUUGUUUUCUUGUUUAUGUGAUGUUUAUCUUGUAUCAGGCCUGUUUUCUUAAUUGAAUAGAGUUCAAUGUAAGACUGAUAUUGGAACCUUUCCAUUGCUAAUAAUCUUGCGACAGCCAGAAAUUACAAGAAU